AAACUGACCGAACUUGUCAGGUUGGAUGUUGGGUUGAGUCCGUUCCGCUGAGUGAGUCAUUCACACAAAAUAACCUAGAGGAAACUACAAUUUAAACAAUCGAAAAGAUCACCAUGGCUAAACCUGUAGACUUAGAGCUAAAAAAAGCAUUUGUUGACUUACAAGUCAAAAUGGUUGAAACUAGCAAGAAAAUACAGGUGAUAGACUCCCAAAUUAGUGUAUUGAACCGCAUCUUGCAGCACGUAGACAUAACUCAACGUGAGAUUAGUACCAUGCCUCCUGAUACGAAGACCUAUGAGUCCGUGGGCCGAAUGUUCUUACUUACAGACUUUGAAGAAGUAAAAGCGAAUUUGAAAAAUCGCGAGGCACAAGUGAAAACACGUACUAAGGAAUUGGAGAACAAUAAACAGUACCUGGAGAAGAACUUGAAAGAAAGUGAAGACAACAUCAGGGAGAUGGUACAGCAGAGGAAGGAACAGAGUGAAAUAAAAUCUUAACAAUUUAUGUUUUUAUACUGCGGCUUCUAUUAAUGCAGACCAAAAGCAUCUCAUGAAUUUAUUUCACAACUAAUAAAAUGUAUGAUAGUAACAAGUAGGACUUAACAGUGUUGCAAUGUGUUAGGAACAAGUCAAGUUUAUGAAUUUAUUGUAACAAAUUAUGCUUGCUUUCUACUAAGUUUUAUUAAAGAUAUAAUAACUUUC